AUGAAGCGUGUGCUGGUGGAUUGGGGGGCCAGUCUGAGCAUCAUCUCCCCGGCAGCCUUUGACGCACUCAAGGCCCCAGGGAUGAAGCUCCAGUCGUCGCUCCCAAUUAUUGGCGUUACUCCGGGGCACACGUGGCCGCUUGGCCACGUAGAGCUCCCGGUAGCCUUCGGCGACUCCACAAACUUCCGCACCGAGCGGAUCGACUUCGAUGUGGCGGAUCUCAAUCUGCCCUACAACACAGUUCUGGGCAGGCCUGCGUUGGUGAAGUUCAUGGCCGCCACCCACUACGCCUACCUCCAAAUGAAGAUGUCGGGUCCUGCUGGUCCCAUCACCGUCUUUGGUGAUGUCAAGGUCGCCAUCGCCUGCGCGGAGCAGCGCGCAGACAACCUGGCGGUGGCCACAGGGCCGCAGGCCGCAGAGGCCUCUGCGUCCCACGCCUCCAAGAAGCGCCUCACCUCGGCUGACGAGGUGCCCGUCAAGGAAAUCCCCCUUGGCGACGAUCCGUCCAAGACCGCCAAGAUUGGCAGAACCUUGGACGCCAAAUAG